UGUGACUUUUGAACUGGAUAAACCUGCAGCCAAUGUUUUAAAGGCUCAAUCAAUAAUUAGAUUAUUAUCAAAACAACUUGCAAAAGACAUGGCUAAACCAAGAGAGAAAAAGAAAUGCAAAAUAAAUGAUGAGAUGAUUACAGGUGAAGAGGAACAACAGUUUAUUAGUAAAGCCACUCCAAUUAAUGAUGCCUUGAAAGAAAAGAUUACGAACGGCAGCGGCAUUACUGUUAAAGAAACCGUGUUUUUUCGAUCGUAUAUAAUCUCGUUGUUAUGCAUUCGCAAUGCAUGUCGUGCAGGUGUCAUUACAAACAUGCUUCUGAAAGAAUUUGACCGAGCUGAAUAUAUUCAAGGAGAAUAUGCAAUAACGGUUUCAAAUCACAAAACAUCUUAUCAAGGACCAGCAAUUUUGAUUCUUGAGAAAGACCUCUAUGAAUUAAUGAAAAUGUACAGAAAACAAGUUCAUCCAAUUGUCGGCGCUGCAUUAGGCCAGACAUUCUUCAAAACAAACAGCGGUCAGGAAAUCAGACCAUGCCAGGAUUUAACAAGACUAUGGCAUAAUUUGGGAGUAAGAAAAGAAAAAACCAUCAACUGCACCCAUUUUCGAAAGAAAAUUGCUACUAUGAAUUGUCCACUAUGUGGAAAAAAAACCACAAAUACAUCAAGGCAUAUCAAAGCUGUACACAAAAUGAACGACGAGUUUACCAAGAGAUGCCUUGGAAAAAUGAAAAAGAAAAAUAGGACAGAAAUGAACAAACUGCCACUUAAAGUCUGCAUGCUCUGCAAUUCCAAUGUGGUGAGAUUAGAUUGGCAUCUAAUCACUGUACACCACCUAAAGAACAAUGAUAAAGCGUACAAGAAAGCACUGUUAUCAACAAAAAAGAUUCCUGUUGAAGAUGACACCUGUAAUUUUAAGACAUACCUUCUGAAAAGCAGGCAUUACAAGCUAAGGCAAGCUAAGCAGUGUGUGUCUGAAUUUAAUCAACUCGCUGGAGGACGUGACGAUAAUAUCUAUGAUGCGAGAUAUUUAAAACACAAAGUUAAUGAGUUGUUAGAGACAAAAACGGCAAGUACCGUAAGGCAUUUCCUAACAAGUGCGCAAAUGUACUUAGAGUAUGUGACCUUUGAACUGGAUCAACCUGCAGCCAAUGUUUUAAAGGCUCAAUCAAUAAUUAGAUUAUUAUUGAAACAACUUGCAAGAGACAUGGCUAAUCAAAGAGAGAAUAAGAAAUGCAAAAUAAAUGAUGAGAUGAUUACAGGUGAAGAGGAACACCAGUUUAUUAGUAAAGCCACUCCAAUUAAUGAUGCCUUGAAAGAAAAGAUUAUGAACGGCAGCGGUAUUACUGUUAAAGAAACCAUGUUUUUUCGAUCGUAUAUAAUCUCGUUGUUAUGCAUUCGCAAUGCAUGUCGUGCAGGUGUCAUUACAAACAUGCUUCUCAAAGAAUUUGACCGAGCUGAAAAUAUUCGAGGAGAAUAUGCAAUAACGAUUUCAAAUCACAAAACAUCUUAUCAAGGACCAGCAAUUUUGAUUCUUCAGAAAGACCUCUAUGAAUUAAUGACAAUGUACAGAAAACAAGUUCAUCCAAUUUUCGGCGCUGCAUUUGGCCAGACAUUCUUCAAAACAAACAGCGGUCAGGAAAUCAGACCAUGCCAGGAUUUAACAAGACUAUGGCAUAAUUUGGGAGUAAGAAAAGAAAAAAUCAUCAAGUGCACCCAUUUUCGAAAGCAAAUUACUACUAUGUCAUGGCAACACAAUCACCGGAAAAAAAAAAGAAUUACUGCAGAAUACAUGCAUCAUUCGCUUAAUACGCAAAAUGCGUAUUACAAAGCUGCCAUCACUGCAAAGCAUCUCUUAAGAAAGAUAAAAGAAACUGAACCAGAUGUGCCAAGCCAUGAUCAAGCUGGAGAAGACGAUAUUACCGGUAAUUCAGAUUCAGACGAUAUUACCGGUAAUUCAGAUUCAGAAGUGGAAGCCUCAAGCACAGUGGAGGAUACCACAGAGCCACCUGUGACCUUGCCGAACUGUUUCCGGACCAGAUAUUUCUUCUCAGACAUAGACAUUAUUCUACUAAAGACACUCUUUGGUGGCCUGAUGAAGGAGAAAAUCACUAAAGAAAAGGUAAUGGCGAUCUACAAACAAAAUGAGUCCAUCCAACACAUGACGUGGAAAUGCGUCUACGAUAAAGCAAGAAAUUUGCAGGCAGAAGCCAAAAAAGUUUUACAGUAACAAUGCGACAUAUGCAAAUAAGUUUAGAAACUUUUAAUUUUGAUAUUAUAUGUUGAUGGAAACACACCUAGGAAAUAACACAGAAAUUUUUAUUUCUAAACUAUUGUUGGUUUGGCCAUAAUGGAGCUGAUUUACAUCAUAAUGCACCCAAUGGCUCAGGUGGUGUUGGUAUUUUAGUUCAUAUGCCUUAAACAUUUUAAUGCCUCUGGGUUACAGUAAUGAUGGAAUAAUUUGGCUUAAAUGUAUUAAUAAGCUUAAUGGUGAAGUAUUUUUAAUUUGUUCUUGUUACCUACCACCCAUAAAUUCUAGUAGGGGUGGACAUGCCGAAGAAUUUUUCAACUCCCUUUUAACCAACCUAUAUAAAUACCAAAAUUUAGGCUGCAUACAAAUCUGCAGUGAUUUGAACACAAGAAUAGGUGAAUUAUCGGAUUUUAUUGAAGGAGUGGAGUCAAUUAAACCAAGUAGUGUCAUUAAUUUCCAAAACAAUUAAGGUAUUAAACAUUAAUAGAUUUUUGCAUUGAAGGAAACAUAUAUUGUUUAAAUGGUAGUUUUAAUGGAGCUAGUGAUAACUUUAUGUGUGUUUCAACAAGGCCGCUCGGUAGUUGAUUUUUGUCUAGUUAACUAUAAUGAUCUUAACUGCCUUAACUAUACUGUACAUGGUUAUAAACUAUCCCCCGCCUGACACCAUCCCGGUAUUUUUUAGUACGUUUCAUGCCUAGUAAUUCUGUAAAUGUGAAUUUUUUUGCCUUAACUAUACUGUACAGUACAUGGUAUAAACUUAAAAGAGAACUAGCAAAAUGAUUUUUUGUCCUACAGGAGAUUUUUGAUAU